AUGGUGAGAUGGAGAGCUAGUACUGUAGAUGAGUAUGUAGCAGAAUUUUCUAAGCUCAGCAGGUUUGCCCUGGGGAUGAUGUCGAAUGAGGUGGAUAAGGGACAAAGGUUCAUGCAGGGUCUAAAUUUUGAGAUCCAGACUCAGAUUUAUAGUAAUAAGGGGAUUGAGACUUAUGCUGAUGUCCUAGAGGUAGCUCGGAGAGUAGAACAGUUGAUUGGGAUCACGAACUCGGUGAGGAGAGGGGAAAACAAGCGCCUUGUAGGACAGACCUCUGGAGCAAUAGAUGUUUCGAGGAUAUCAGAGGGGUCAACAAUUUCAAGGCCAGAGACAGUGGAGAGGUCCCCAUUUUCAGCACUCAUAGCAGUCACAGUAUCAGCAGAGGUGCCCAGGACAGUACAGUCAGCAAGCUCAGCAGCAGCAGAGACAAGAAGCGUAGUGUUCAAGAUACCAGAUCACCCAGAGUUUGAAUUCAUGAGUGGUAGCAAAGUGAUGGAGCAGCCAGAAUAUCAAGCUGGCAUGGAUGGAGUAUUAACCUGUAUGGAGGUUAAGGAGAAGCCCAUACUAGAAAUUGUUGAGGAGUUCCUUGAUGUUUUACCUAAUGAGUUGUCGGGUCUGCCACUAGAUAGAGAUAUAGAGAUCAUCAUCGAUCUUAUUCUAGGAGUUGCACCCAUCUUAAAACCACCUUACCGGAUGCCGAUAGCAGAUUUAGAGCAGUUGCGAAAGAAAAUCCAAGAGUAUCUUGAUAAGAAAUUUAUCAGGCUUAGUACUUCACCUUGGGGAGCACUAGUGGUGAUUAAUGAUCUUUUCGAUCAGCUCGGAGAAGCUAAGGUGUUUUCUAAGUUGGACCUCAGGUCAGGUUAUCAUCAGCUGAAGCAAGUGUCCUUUCUGGAGCAUGUAAUUUCAGGAGCAGGUAUCAAUGUAGACCCGAAGAAGGUUGAUGCGGUGUUGAGGUUGGAUCCGUCUACAUCUGUAAUAGAAGUAUGGAGUUUCUUAGGGGUGGCAAGAUACUACAGGAAAUUUAUAAAGGAUUUUACUAAGAUUGCAGGACCACUUACUAGGUUGACUCAGAAGGAGGUCAAGUUUGUGUGGGCUCAAGAGUGUCAAGCAUCAUUUGAGGAGUUGAAGAACAAGUUGAUGACAACACCAGUUUUGGCAAUUCCGGAUGAAUCAGGAGGAUUUAGAGUGCAUAGGAUGCUUCUGGUUUAG